AUGGCAACGGGAGGGGGGAACCUCAGCCAGGUCUCCGAGUUCCUCCUCCUGGGCCUCUCCGAGGACCCCCGGGAGCAGCAGCUGCUCUUCAUUCUCUUCCUGGUUAUGUACCUGGUCACGGGGCUGGGCAACCUGCUCAUCGUCCUGGCCAUUGUCACCGACGCCCGGCUCCACACCCCCAUGUACUUCUUCCUGGCCAACCUGGCCUUCGUGGACAUCUGCUUCACCUCCACCACCAUCCCCAAGAUGCUGGUCAACCACGUCUCGGGGCACAGGGGCAUCCCGUAUGCCGGCUGCCUCACCCAGACGUUCUUCUUCAUCUGGUUUGCUGGAAUCGACAGCUUCCUGCUGGGCGCCAUGGCGUAUGACCGCUAUGAGGCCAUCUGCCACCCCCUGCACUAUGCCACGUCUGUGACCCCGCAGCUCUGCAGCCUGCUGGUGGGGGCAUCCUGGAGCGCAGCUUUCGGGAACGCCCUGACCCACACGGUGUCACUGACCCCCCUCUCAUUCUGUGCUCACAACAGGGUCCCUCACUUUUUCUGUGACCUCAGCCCCCUGCUCAAGCUGGCCUGCUCCAGCACCUUCCUUAACAGCGUGAUGGUGAACACUGUGGGCACCCUGACGGUCAUCGUGCCCUUCGCGGGAAUCCUGGUCUCCUACACUUGCAUCUUUGCGGCCGUGCUGAGGAUCCCGUCCAAGACAGGCCGGCAGAAGGCUUUCUCCACCUGUGGCUCCCACCUCUCCGUGGUGUGUCUCUUCUACGGGACCCUCAUUGGGGUGUAUUUCAGCCCCACAUCCUCCCACACUGCCCAAAAGGACACAGUGGCUGCGGUAAUGUACACGGUGGUCACCCCCAUGAUGAACCCUUUCAUCUACAGCCUCCGGAACAAGGAUAUGAAGGGUGCCCUGGCAGCCCUGUUCAGCAGGAAGCUGGCUUUCAUCUAA